AGUACACACACUAGUACACUGUAAUCACUAAUCAUAAACGUAUACGUAAUCAGUCGUGCCCUCUGCGUGUUGGCUAGAGGACGUGUGUCCGGUGUAUUUAGACUAAUCAUGCAGGAGUUUGAAGCCACAGAACACCAACACGUGAGGUACAACCCGUUGAAGGACGAAUGGAUCCUGGUGUCCCCUCACCGCUGCAAGCGCCCCUGGAGCGGCCAGACCGAGCAGGCGCCAGAGGAGCAGCCUCCAGACCCCAACAACCCGCUGCGGGCAGGCGCUGUGCGUUCCAGUGGCCAGAGGAACCCUAACUACACAUCAACGUACGUGUUCCCCAACGACUUCCCCGCUCUGCUGGAGAGGGUCCCCGAGCCGCCGACGCCGGACCACCCGCUGUUCCAAGCUUCGCAGGCGAAAGGCACUUGCAGAGUGAUGUGUUUCCAUCCCGAUUCCGCCAUGACCAUACCUCUGAUGUCCGUGACAGAGAUACUGGCAGUUAUUGAUGAAUGGAUCAACCAGCUGCAAGAGCUGGGUCGCCGCUACACCUGGGUGCAGAUCUUCGAGAACAAGGGUGCUGUGAUGGGGUGCUCCAACCCUCACCCUCACUGUCAGAUAUGGGCCUCUAGCUUCCUGCCCAACGAACCAAGAGUCAAGGAUAGGUGCCAAAAGGAAUUUUACACAAAAUAUGGGAAGCCUUUGCUAGUGGAUUAUUUAGAUCAGGAAAUAAAAAAGAAAGAACGCAUAGUUCUCCAAAACUCCGAAUGGGUGGCGCUAGUGCCGUACUGGGCCGCGUGGCCGUACGAGACGAUGUUGUUGCCCAUAAACAAUAGACCGCAACGGAUGUCAGACUUGAGUGACAGCCAAAAGAUGGCGCUGGCGGAAAUUAUGAAACAACUGUGCACUAAAUACGACAAUUUGUUCAACUGCAGUUUUCCAUACAGUAUGGGAUGGCAUGGUGCCCCUACCGGCCCGUCGAAGAAGCCCGGAGACGCCCCCCACUGGCUCUUCCAUGGUAUCUACUUGCCUCCCCUUCUUCGUUCCGCGACUGUCAAGAAGUUUAUGGUUGGAUACGAGAUGCUAGCUCAACCACAAAGGGACCUGACUCCAGAGCAAGCGGCCGACAAAUUGAGAGAAUGCGACCAUUUGGUCCACUAUAAGAAUAAAUGAUGUUUUUUAUAUUUUUUAGCCAAUUUAGUGAAUAAUUGUAUACAUAUUGCCGAAUAUAUUUAUUUAUACCUACAAUAAAUGU